UGUCUUAACAAGUAUCUAGAGAAUCAAUGCAACAACUAAGAGAUCCAGGCAGACCAUUCCAGUGUGAUCUUGAUCAUCAGAGUCCCAGAACAUUCAGUCAGUACAGUCACUUACAUGAGGAUGAUGGGUCACAUGAAGACGUGUAUGUGUCUGCUAAAGAUACGGUAGAAAAUGGAGCUGACAGUGAAGAUCCGGAAUUAUUCAUUGAAGCUGUGGAGCUAGGAGACAUCAAAACUGUGCAGAAACUGUUAGACUCAGGAAUAAACAUAAACAUGGCAUAUCAGCGUAAAACUCCAAUUAUGCAUGCACUAGACAUUGACGUCAUCAAGUUUUUGGUGCUAAACAAGGCAAAUAUAAAUGUCAAAAUGGACACAACGCCUCUCCUAAACGCUAUGUCGUUUAGUUUUUUAUCAGCCAUACGUUCAAGAUACAACUGGAAGUUGUCGUUAGAAGAAUUGAAACAAAAACAGAUGAUCAUUGUUGGAUUCUUUUUGCAAAACUGUAAAAACAUCGAUGAAACCGACUUAUGCGGUAACAGCGCUUUAUUGUCAUCCGUCAAGAAUGGCCUUGGACUAGAAGUGCAAAAGUCUUUGCUUGAAAAAGGAUGCAAAGUCAACCAACAAGAUCUCGAAGGAUACACGACAUUGCACGUCGCUGUCAAGAAUCUCAACUUAGACUUAAUACAAAUUCUUUUACAUUAUCGAGCUUCAGUUAAUGCUAAGACCAACGAUGGGAAGACCCCUCUGCAUUUGGCACUUGAAGACCAAAACAUAGCUAAAUUACUUAUUGUUAACGGAGCAAGAGUUGACUCCGAGGAUGAAUUCGGGAACACGCCACUUUUACUGGCCUCAGAACUUUGGGGAGACCACGAUGAAGUGGUAGAUCUCUUAAUUUCUGAAGGAUCUGAUGUCAACCACAAAAACCAUGUCGGCAAGUCCCCAAUAUAUAUGGCAGCAUAUAACUUAAACACUAGAUGUGUCGAGCUUCUAAUGGAUGCCAAUGCAAAAGACCUUGAUGAGCAACAACACAAUUCGGCACUUUCUUUAGUGCUUAACAAGUGGUUCCCAAAUGAAAAGUCCCAGAGUACAGCUACUGUUCUGAUAAAGCGUAGGGCACAUACAGACUUUGUCAGAAGAGACAUCAUUCAUCGUUUGAUCGCCGCGGGAAACGACGGUAUACUAGUUCAAGAAUUAAUAAAAGCAGGCUUUUGCCCAACAUUAGUGGAUCUAAAGACAACCAUCUUAGGCUGGCCAGAGACUUCUUUGUCUCCACUGUCUGUUGCCCUGAUGCUUGACAGCCUUGACUUUACUCGAUAUUUUAUCGAGAAUGGGUAUCUAACGAAAUCAAACGUCAAACUUGUCUCUAGAAAAGAAACAAUUUUGAGUUACUUGGAAGCACGUAAUGCUAAGACACGACAGUUUAUGAACGAAGUUUCACAACAGCCAAUGAAAUUAGAACAACUUGUUCUUAUUACUGUCUCUUCAGCUUUAGGGUCUGACAGUGGCAGAAGUGAAAGGAUUCUUCAAUCCGAGCUCUCGUUUCCAUUGAAGGAAAAACUUUCUUUUGAAAACCUAGAGAAGAAGGUCCUUGAACCAGUGAGAGAUGGUUCAAUCUUAAUGGUACAGCUGACAAAAAAUCAAAUAGAGAAGGUGGACAGGCUGCCAGAGUUUUAUGAUUUGGAUGAGUCAUUUUCAGAUUAAUCUUGACAGAGCUUUACUGCUUCAUUCGGAAAAUGAAGGUGGAGAGAGCUGUGCUGUGCUGAUAUUCUCGUUAAAAUUAGUUUACAGAAAACAAACUAUAAAAGAACUUUUUCUAAACUGUAUACAUAGCACAAUACUGAGUUUCUUUUUUUUCCCAACAGAUUCAAACCUGACAAGGCUGUGAGAGAGG